GGAAUCUGUAGUCGAAAUUACCAUCAGACAUCCCAUCAUGGAGGACAAACCACACACAUCUCCUGUAGAGGAGAAGCCCUCGCCGGCAGGGAUCACAGUUACGAUUGAGACCACAACCACACCAAACGAUCCCAGCGGGAAGAAGUUCGGCCAUACCAGGCAGAACGACUCCGUCUCAUCCACCUUCUCCCAAGCUUCCGCCAUCUCCACAUCAUCGACCAACUCGGAAAAGCCCCUCAUCGUCAACGAGAAGCGUCUCACUUACCAGUCGACAUGCCCGACCAUCGUUGACCUCGAGGCCCAGACCGAGGAGGAUGAAUACAAGCAGAAGCCCUUGGGCCGUGUCCGAUACGCGAUCCUCACCAUUUACCGCCGGCUCUUCACUGUAGCCUUUAUGGGCAAUGCCAUUGCUUUUAUCAUCAUGAUGAUCAAGGGUGCCGCUCCCAUGGACCUGGUCAACGCUGCUGCCGUCAACAUCGCUGUCUGCGGUCUGUGCCGUCAACCCCUUGUCAUCAACGCCCUCUUCCUCAUCUUCGGAUCCAUCCCCAGAUCUGCCCCCAUCAGGAUCCGCCGCUUGGCGUGCAAGAUCUUCCAUUUUGGCGGCGUCCACAGCGGGACAGGUGUGGCAUCGGUCAUCUGGUACAUUGGCUUCGCCGCCGUCUUCACAUACAACUACACGCCAUCCGUCAUCAACACCACCGUCCUGACCUUUGUCUGGCUUGUACUGGGCUUCCUCCUCUCCAUCGUCAUCGUCGCCUACCCCACGUUCCGCAUGAGGUUGCACGACUACUUUGAGCUGACCCACCGCUUCGCAAACUGGAUCAUCCUCGUCCUCUUUUGGAUCCUGCUCAUCUUGUUGGGCAAGCAGGAGGCCAAUCUGGGUCACUUCCUCCUUCAUCUCCCCGCCUUCUGGAUCAUCAUCGUCCUCACGCUUGCCACCAUCCACCCGUGGCUGCUGCUCCGCAAGAUCCCCGUCAAGCCCGAGCCUCUCUCCGCCCACGCCAUCCGUCUUCACUUCAGCCACACCGAAGUCGUCUUUGGCCAGGGCAUCUCGGUCGCCAAGCACCCUCUCAAGGACUGGCACAGCUUCGCCUGCUUCACGGACAAGUUCGACACCCCCGACGCCAAGUUCUCGUGCAUCGUCUCCAAGGUCGGCGACUGGACCAAGUCCACCAUCAACGACCAGCCCACCCACCUCUGGAAGCGCGGCGUCCCCACUUACGGCUUCGGCUACGUGCUUCGCAUGUUCCCCAAGAUCAUCGUCGUCACCACCGGCUCCGGCAUUGGCCCCUGCCUCUCCUUCAUCGAGGAUGCCAACAGGCCCGAUAUGCGCGUCAUCUGGCAAACCAAGUCUCCCCUCAAGACUUAUGGCCAGCGCACCCUGGAUCUCGUUCACAGGAUGGAUAGCAACCCCGUCAUUCUUGACACCUCCAUCACGGGUCGCGUGGACAUGCUGCCUAUCGUUCUCCGGCUCUUCAAGGAGUUCAACGCCGAGGCGGUGUGCUGCAUCAGCAACCCCAUGAUGACCAAGAAAAUCGUGCAUGGGUGCGAGAUGCGAGGCAUUCCUGCCUAUGGCCCCAUCUUUGACAGUUGA